AUGAAAUCACUUGCCUCCCUUGUCCUUGCGAAUGUCCUGUUGCUGCUGUUGCUACGGAUCAAGACGACAAAAUCCGUGCAUCAUGUAAACUGGACACGUUCCGAGAUCAUGGAUCCCUUUGGAUUAUAUUUGCUCGAAUGGAAAGUCGACAACAAGGAAAUUAUCUUUACGACAACCGUCAAUACACGUGGAUUUAUUGGCCUUGGAUUUUCUUAUCGGCACGGCAAGAUGGCGGGAUCUGAUCUGGUCCUUGCAUGGGUUGACGACUCGACGGGCCUGCCAAAUGUCUUGGACUGCCACGGACAUCGCGAUGGCAACGGCGCCCCAAUUCAAGAUGACACACAAAACUACACGGUCAUCAAUGGCUAUCAAAAUGCGACACAUACCGUAAUCCAAUUCAAACGUGCUUUGGAGACAUGCGAUCCGGAUGAUUUGGUCAUCACGUCCGAUUCGAUGAAAGUUCUUUGGUCAUAUGGCGACAAGGAUCCCAUCCACGGAAACCACAAAGGGCACAGCAAGAACCGCGGAUGGAAAAAUAUGCAUUUAUUAAAUCCGCAUUUUAAGAAACCCGCACAAAAAGACGCCAAAAUCGAACAAUGGGACGUUACGGUCAAGAAUAUUACAAUCGAUGCGAGCAUGGAUACGAUUUAUUGGUGCAAAAUCUUCCGGGCGCCCGAUUUGAAGGAAAAGCAUCACAUUAUCGGCUACGAGCCAUUGCUGACAAAAGAAAGUUCCACGAAGCAUCCAUUAAUUCAUCACAUGACACUUUUCGAGUGCGAUUCGUACAGCGGCUCCGACCCGAAUGCCUGGGAUGUAUGGGGAAAAACUGUUGGAGCAGUUUGCAACUCAGAUUCGCUCACGCCGCACGAUUGGAACUCCUGCAUAACGCCCGUCGCAACAUGGGGCAAAGGCGGCAACGGUCAAUUCUUACCCGAACACGUUGGAAUUCCUCUCGGCGGUCGAGAUGGCGUCAAAUAUUACAUGCUCGAAAUUCAUUAUGAUAAUCCACAUGCGAAGAGAAUUCUGGAUCACUCGGGUUUCCGGCUGCAUUAUACCAAAAAAUUACGCGAACAUGAGGGCGGCAUGUUAAUAACUGGAAUUACUGUCUCCGAAACGCAAAUGAUUCCGCCAGGACAAAAAUUGUACAGAAAUUUAGGCAUUUGUGGGCCGUCAUGUACAGGAGCUGUUUUUCCCGAAAGUGGUAUUAAGAUUGUGUCGACGGCAUUGCACUCUCAUGCAGCUGGACAAAAGAUGAAGUUAAGACACGUUCGCGAUGGCAAAGAAUUAGAUCGAAUUGUCGAAGAUGAUAAUUACGAUCACAAUUUUCAGGAAAUUCAUCAAUUGGCGAACGAGACAACGAUUUUGCCAGGAGAUUAUAUCAUCACGGAUUGUGCUUACGAGACUCUCAAACGAAAACGCCCGACAUUGGGAGGAUAUUCGACAAAACAAGAAGUUUGCCUCGCUUUCAUUACUUACUACCCUCGAAUCGAUUUAGCUUCCUGCUACAGUAUGACGCCCGUCAAGGAAUUUUUCGAAAAUUUCGGCGUUCACGGUUUUUACGGCAUCAACAUGACAGACGUGGAAAACUCCAUUCUCUACAACAGCGACUUGGAUGCGUAUUCAACAGCAACUGUCUUUCCUAAUUUUCCUCCUGGAGGCGAUUUAAACGAUCGCGAAAACCGCAUUGCGAUUGAAGCCUUGAAACAUGCCAAGGAAUUCAGUGAAGUUUCCGAGGAAGAAAUUGUCUACAAAAACAGUACAUUGAAUAAAUUGAUAAUUUCCGAUCCAGCGGAGUUCCAUGAACGAACAUUCCUCACACAUUUGUACCAAUUACCGUGGUCCGAACCUCUCUUCACGCGCCGAGUCGAACAAGCAAUUCUCACGGGCAAACACAUGACUUUUUGUCGUACCUCGAAGGAAUCCGUUUCAGUGCCUCCCGAAAUAUUUACAUAUCCAAAUUUCACGAAUCUCGUUAAACCGGCAAGUCAUUGCCCGUAUCAGCAGUAUUUUGAAAUGUAUUCGGGCUCAUCAUGCCAUUUAACAGCAUUACCAGCGAUAACACUUUUUGCCGCAAUUGUAGCACUGUGCUGUUACUAA